UGACACGUUGAUAUUUUAAUAUUCAAAUGACAGCCAGAGUGUAUGAAGAGGAUCAAUAAGGUGUUGAGAGCAGUCUCCGUCGGCACAGAAAGGGAGAAACAUCAGAGCAGAGGGAAGCUGUGGACAUUCACAAGAUGGUGAAGAUGCAGUGGAGUCUGUUGGUGUUGAUUGUGAUGGGUCAGUGUUCCUCCAUUGGGGGUCAGCUGUGUGACUACCACUUCAUUGGAGAGAAUAUGACGUGGAAAGAAGCCAAGGAUUAUUGCAAAGGGAACCACACUGACCUGGCCACAGUGUCUAACCAGACAGACAUGAAGAGACUCCAUGACUCUGCGACUGCAAAGUUUCCACAGUAUCAAGGCGGAGCCUGGAUUGGGCUGCAAGAAAACACACCAAACAUUGUGUGGCACUGGUCUCUGCCAGGGGUGGAGUUCAACGAGACUGAGACAUCAUUCUGA